GAUCCGAGUCGAGAUGGAGGAAGAUGCCAUCGGAGGCUCCCGCUCGCUGGGGACGGAGGGUCGCGCCGGGGCUGCGGCCUAGAGGCUCGGGCUUGGAGCGCGCAUCGGACACGGGAGAGCCGCUGGGGUCUGAGAAGCUGUUCAGGUGCAAUGGAGGACAAACGCAAUAUCCAGAUCAUCGAGUGGGAGCACCUGGACAAGAAGUUCUAUGUGUUUGGUGUGGCCAUGACAAUGAUGAUCCGUGUCAGUGUCUAUCCAUUUACCCUCAUCCGUACGUGGCUCCAGGUUCAGAAGGGAAAGAGCCUGUACCAUGGAACCUUUGAUGCUUUUAUCAAGAUCCUGCGAGCAGAUGGUGUGACGGGCCUGUACCAGGGCUUCCUGGUCAAUACCUUCACCCUUAUCUCUGGCCAGUGUUAUGUCACCACCUAUGAGCUCACCCAGAAAUUUGUAGCUGACUACAGUCAGAGCAACACAGUCAAAUCACUGGUGGCGGGGGGCUCAGCCUCCCUUGUGACCCAAAGCAUCACUGUGCCCAUCGACGUGGUGUCCCAGCACCUCAUGAUGCAGCGCAAGGGUGAGAAAGUGGGCCGCUUCCAGGUGCGUGGGAACCUAGAAGGACACAGGGUUGUUGCCUUUGGCCAGACUAAGGACAUCAUCAGGCAGAUCCUGCGGGCCGAAUGGCUUCGCGGCUUCUACCGAGGCUAUGUGGCUUCACUGCUUACCUAUAUCCCAAACAGUGCUGUCUGGUGGCCCUUUUAUCACUUCUAUGCAGAGCAGCUCUCGCACCUGUGCCCUAAGGAGUGCCCUCACAUCAUCCUUCAAGCCAUCUCCGGGCCCCUGGCUGCGGCCACUGCCUCCAUCCUCACCAACCCCAUGGAUGUCAUCAGGACCCGUGUGCAGGUUGAAGGCAAGAGCUCCAUCAUACUGACUUUCAGACAGCUGAUGGCAGAAGAGGGGCCUUGGGGCCUCAUGAAGGGUCUCUCAGCCAGGAUCAUCUCAGCCACACCCUCCACCAUUGUCAUCGUGGUAGGCUACGAGAGCCUCAAGAAACUCAGCCUGCGCCCCGAGCUGGUGGACUCGAGACACUGGUAGACAUGGCGGGCCGAGUAGCUUGCUGUUUCCCACACUACGCUGGGCUGGGGGCAAAGCAGGAGAGCAAGUGCCCUCUCAGAUGUGCCCAACCCAUCCCCAUCCCUGUGUGGGGCCAGGUGGCCUGACUAGGAUGGGGCAGAGACUUUGAAUUGCUCUUGCUGAAGAGGUUCCAUGCCCGGCUCCCCUGCCUCUACUACUAUUUUUAAUUCUCCUCCUGAACUGGGCUGCCUCAUUCAGUCCCUGGACUCAGUCCUGCCCUGAGGAUCCCACCCACCUCACCCUGCUAGCUCUCUCUGGCUUCCUUUGUAUCUGUCCUGAGGCAGGGAGAAGAGCCUUGCAGACAGCUCACUUACUACUUCUGGGUCCUCCUCUUGGGUUUCCAGCCCAGACUCUUAAGCAGCUGCUCCCAUCCCUCUCCUGCUUCAUCUCUUAUACUUGCUUUUUUAAAAUUUGGGACUGUGUUGCUUCUCCCUGCCUCUCCGGGCAAGCUGCAAGGCGUUUUCACACAGGGAGUAUGGCUCUGCAGAGCCCUCAGCCUCUUUUGAGGAGUUACUAGGAUAAGGAAAAAAGUUGAUAGUUUAUUUUAUGUGUGUAUUUUUUAAGAAUCUCUGAACUAAGCUAUUAUCUUAGUCCUCUAGGGCACCAGUCCUGCUGUCAGAGCCUACCCUUUCCUCAGACAGGUAGAAAAUGUCAUGUAGCUUUUUCCUCAAUCCCAGGUUCCUGUCCCUUCUGUAUCCUUUCAGCAUCCCUUCAGUCCCAGCAGCCCUCGUACCAUGUGAGCUGUUGGCUUCCCCAGGCAUAGGUGGACAGCACCAUUCUAAGUAGAACAGGCUGUCUGGAGCACACUGGACUUGGAGUACCACCCUGGAAGGUCUGGUCAAGACAGCAGUUGGUUUGGAAAGCCAUGAAAGGCUAUGUGUCGCCUACUGUAUCUCCUCAGGCCACUGAGCCAAGCCUAGGAGAGAACAGUGGAAGUCCUCACAGCAGGCAGCCAUAACACAUGCAGUAUGUGCCAGUUGCUCAGACUCAUGGCCAGAGAUGUUGAACUGCUCUUGGGGUGUGGAAUGUUUCUUUUUUCUUCCCCCUGGAUGUGAAGAGUCUUCCUAGUCAUGGCACCCAGUGCUUGCAAGAGAAUAAAGAACAGUUCAGGGAGUCAUCCAAUACCAGGACCACUGCAUUCACCAACCAGAUACUGCCAAGAUUACCUGAGAUGCUCUCCUCAGGAGCUCAGAGAUGGCGCUCCUUCCCUGCCUCAUCCUCCCUGCUCCACCUCCUCCACCAAACCUGUGUUAUGGGCUGAAAGAUGCUGUAAAUGGAACGAGAAGACAGUCAAGCUCUGCCUUCCUACUUGAGACAUUUGGCCUAAAUGAUCCUUAAAUCUUUUUUAAUGGUCCCAUCACAGGAAAGGCUACAGUGCCAAUGGGAAAGGUGCUAGCUACCUGAAGCCUUGAUUUCUUAUGACUGUGCUACAUUGUUCUAUCCUGGCCAGGGAAGAAUCUGAAAACCAUCUUUCUUUCUUUCUUUCACAUUUUUUUUCUUUCUUUCACAUUUUAACAGCAUAUAAUCUAAUGGAAUAUAUACUACUUUUGUUUUUUAAAUAUGAAUUCCCAAGGUAAUACCUUAACUAUUACAGUCUCUCUUUUUUUAUACCAAGAAUCGAACUCAGGACCUUGCGCUGGCCAGGCAGGCACUAUGCUGCUGAGCUAUAUCACUGGUUGAAAACCAUAUUUCUGUAACUAAAUUACUACCUGCCACUCCUCAUCUUAGGCCCAUUUUUCAAGUUUCUCUCCCAUUCUCUUAGUUUUUCUUUGUCCCUUCCUGUACUUUAUCAAGAGAACCUUUCAAUUUCUAAAUUCUAGCCCUUCAGUUUCUAAAUGGCCAACCAAGGAGUUGAGGCCACAGAUCAUUUGAAUCUUGUGUCCCUCACACACUUCUUCAUCCCAAGAACCACCAACAUCAUGGGCCAAGGGCCCUCCUCUUUAAGCUUUUCCUAGUAAGACUU